ACUUCGAGAUACAACACGGAUAAAACGUGUGUUAUGUCGAAACGGCAGGCACAAAUUUCAUCACUUUUUCCAUACUUGUUUCAGCGUAAUAAAAGACAAAUUUUGAAACUGGAGCUCAAGUUGACGUUUUCCAAUAAGAAGCAAUUUCAUUGGCUAGGCGAGGUUGCUAUGGCGACCUUCUUCGAAACUGAUAUAAGUCAGCCUCCAGGCGACCACUGUCACAUUUCUGUUAUUGCUUCGCCAGUGUGUGAACAUAGCAGAGUAAACUAAGUAAUUCUCACCCGAGUCGUAAUAACGUCCCAAUUUUUUCAGCAAACUAAACAAAAUGGUUGGUAAGGGUCGUCACAAUUUCCAUGAGGAGUCUGAAGCUUCCAUCAACAAGCAAAUCAAUAUUGAGCUGAAUGCUCAUUAUCAGUAUUUGGCACUGGCCGCUUACUAUGAUCGCGAUGACGUGGCUCUCAAAGGCUUCGCCAAAUUCUACAAAGAGUCUGCUGAUGAAGAAAAUGAACAUGCUCAGAUGUUCAUGAAAUACCAGAAUAUUCGUGGAGGACGAGUAGUAUUGACUUCCAUCAAUCGUCCUGCUCAACAAGAAUGGGCAUCCCCUCUGGUCGCAAUGGAGUUUGCUCUCAAUCUGGAAAAACAAGUCAAUCAGUCUCUGCUGGAUUUGCACAAGGUGGCUGGCAUUCACAGUGACCCACAUCUUUCCAACUAUUUGGAGGAGCACUUUUUGGAAGAACAAGUGCAGUCCAUCAACAAGUUGGCCAAGCACCACACCAACUUGCUUCGCGUAGGUGAUGGUCUUGGCAUCUUCAUGUAUGACAAGGAACUGCAGUCCUAACUGGGUGCUGUUGACAUCUACUGGGACCAACAUUUUAGAAAGCCCUACUAAUUUGGAAACACCUGUAUCCAAUAGCAGAGUCUGUUGACCUUGUAGUUCCCAGAUACUUUAUGUUAGCCUGUACCAUUGGGCUGAGUGAAUAAAAAUUCUUCUUUACCAACAA